UUUCAGGCCACUUUUCUGCAGAUUUCCUUCCAUGUUUCCGUGAAAACCGUCCGCGGUCCGUCCACGCAGCGAGGCCGCCGGGGCGAAGCGAGCCGCCUGGGGGGCACCGACGGCGGCAUGUCGGAGAGAACCGGAGCCGUCUGGAUGUGACUGGUCGGCGGGGAGAAGCCUCCGAGGAGCCCCGCUGCUGAAGAGGAUGGAGGAAGAGAAGGAGACGUCAGAGGAGAAGGAGGAAGAGGAGGAGCUUCAUCACCACAUGGCGGCGGCGGCGGCGUCCUCCGUGGACCAGCAGGACCUUCCCAUCAUGCACUGGGAGGACCUGAGCCAGCGGAUCGCAGAGCUGGAGAAGCAGGAGCAGGAGAGGAGGGCGAAGAGGGCGACGGGGGUGAAGACGGAGGACGAGGAGGAGGACUUCAGGAGGCGUCGAGUCGCCGUCGUCACGUCACGAUUUUCCAGCCACAGAAACCUUCAGCUGUGUUUCAUCAACGACAGCGACAGCGACGAGGACGAAGGAGGCAGCAGGAAGGUUCCCAUGGGAACGAAACGCAACGGUUGCCAUGCCGCCGGGCUGAAACAGGAAGUGGCCACGGCUCUGAGGACGCUGAGAGACGAGCUGCUGGCUGAACAGAAGGAGCAGGAGCAUCUGGCCGGCAGCAGCUGCGUUGCGAAGCGGAAACAUCUGGAGCUUUGGGAGCUGCAGCAGCGUUCGGUUCAGCAGCUCAGCGGCCUGAAGGCGUCGCUGGAGCGCGACGUUCACGCUCUGAGCUCUGAGCUGGUGACCCACCUGCUGGUUCGAGACCAGCUGAGGACGAAGCAGGACGCCAUGCUGCUGGACGUCCAGGACCUGACCUAACGCCGGGCCGAGAGCUUCGUCCACCGGGACCAGAUCGGGACUCGUUUACCGCUAACAAUGAAAACUGGCUCAGUCCGUCUGAUCCGACAGAAUCCAGCAGCGUCUGUUCAGAGUUGAUUUCAUUUGUUCUCUGGGACCCAAAACCAAGUUCUGUGAAACCAUUCUGGCUCGAUCUUCGCUGUCAGGAAAAGAAAACAAACUCUUCUCUGGAAAUCCACCAGAAUGAUGGAAUGGACACGUUUUUAAUUAGUGGCCCUAAAAAAAGGAAGCAAGUGUAAAAAAA